UCUAUUAUUUUGAUAGGGAAGGCCCUACAGACGUUGCCGUCCAGUAUAGUAGUGGUUUUGCAUCAGGAGUAAACCUUCAAUUAUUAGCCUUCCUCUUCUCUCUCUCUCUCGCUCCCGCCGUAUAUAUACAGUCAACGCGAACAGAUGCAGUCACCAUAGGCUGGCGAAUUGUGGCGAACAAUUCAAUGUCAGCUGGUUGUGGACAGGUCUGGCUUCAUUCCAUAGUUGCGCUCUUGUCUCCAACUAGAGGUUUAAAGCUACAAUGAUGCUGGCGCAAUCGCCAUUGGCGCCAUGGCUGGUUCUGGUGGUGUGUAUAGCUACUCUGUCUGCAUUGCCGAAGUCUCAUGGUAAAAAACAAGCUGCUCUCGCGCCCACUGGUAAUAUUCUCUGUGGCGGAUAUAACAUGAGACUCUUUACGCAACCAGCCACAUUUUCGGCUGCCGUUUCGCAGUGCAAGUCCAUUGGGAUGAAGAUCUUGCGACACAAAGCUCACAAGCUUCGCAAGCGAUACCCAUGUUUCAUAAAUAUCGCAAAAUUCCUUCUCGACAGGAACAUCUCCGACAUUUGGUUACUCAAUCCUUAUAGACUGAAUAAUUCGGACGGCACGCUUCAUCUCGAUACCGGUCUCGUAACUACUACGUCUUACCAAUCUGAAACUGCCACGCAGCCGUUCAUAUGCGCGAAAGAUCGGAAUGAAUGCGAAGAUCCGACAACAACCUGCCGGCCAGGUACCUACUGUCGAAACGUGAAGAGAGGUUAUGAUUGCGAGCCAUGCGGACAUGGCAAUGAUGCUGGGCGGGGACAGGUGGACGCGGAAUCGGGUCUUGUCACCUGUCAAGCUGGAUUCCACUGGACCUGUUCUAACGGUCCAUGUCCCAGGAUCUCUGCAGAGCCAGCACAACCCGUGUGCGAAAACAAGGAAAUCAUCAAUCUUGCCCAAUGUGAAGUGGGUGCACCAACUUUCCCUAGCGGCUAUAACAGCAGUAUCGUCGUCAUCGAUCCCACCACGUCCACGUUCCGCUGUGCAGAAGGCUAUUAUGCUCAAUGUGACGGGAAUACAACAUGUGCUGGAGGUCCUAAGAACCAGCCAGCCAUAGCACGUCAAGUGGACGGUCAACUAGUCUGGAGCAACCUUCCAACGUGUCACUCACUGUCUACCGUCCAAUGCGGUGCUCAUAGCUAUUUGACAGGCAGUGCAACAGACCUGGACACUGCAAGGCAAAGCUGCAAGGAGGCCAACACAGUCCUGAUGAACGAUCUCUACCUCGCAACCCUGUCCCCUGCCGAACGUGGCUGUUUGCUGAACAGACCAAGUCCCGUGUGGCUCUUCGAUUCGGCUGGAAAUGGCGAGGUUUACGAUUCUAACGAUGUCCAGGACUUCAUUGCUAACGAGAAGGACCGUUACGACUUUGUAUGUCUGCCUACUAAUUACAAGGAAUUGAUGGCUACAGCUGCGCCAGGCGUUGACACAUCUCUUGAAAUUCACACGUGCCGUACGGAGCCUGAGGUCUACACCUGCACGGCGUCCGUCGUCAUCGGCACAACAGCACACAGCAUGUGUCUGCCGGUCUGCGCUGCACACGUAAUCAAACCAACUGUUACCUUUCUUUGCCACGGGUUUAACUUGCAUCUCGCCCUGGCCAAGGCACCCUUUGCUGUUGCGUCCAAGUACUGCCAGGCCCAGAACUCUAGUCUGCUACGACAGUCUAUUCACAAGCGAUUGAUAGUGUCAACAUGCUAUCAGGACUUUAUGAUCAAUCUGCGGGCUGCAUCAGUAAGACGUAUUUGGAUGAGGACACCGGACUGGGCGUCUGUAAGAUACAGCCUCAAGAGUGUCAAGGCAGAGCAGGUCUUCUCUACAUCCAAGUCUCCAGCGGACGCCAUCGUCUGCACAGC